AUGUCUGUUGUAAUAGAGGGCAACGCGUCUGAUGACGCCCUCAAGGGCUUCGUGCUGGAAAAGGUGUUGGAUCAAGGCAAGUGGGGGUCUGGCUCCUGCUCCCCCUCCUAGCACUGGCUGAUCUCUCUCUCCUCUGCGCAUUCCCUGCGCAGACCCGCGCUCUAGGACCGCUUCCUUGCUAGGUAGACUGGGCGAUCGCGCAGCCAUCUUGCUGCUGGAAAAGACGCACUUUGAGCCGAGCUUCUUCCAAGAGGUUGGAACUGAGCGUCUCUUCUCUCAGUUGAGAGACAUUGGCCAGAACGACGUGUAUCGCUGGCUGUUGGGCUGGAGGAGCUUGCACGAUGCAGAAGCGAGUGCAUCCAACAGCUCUAACAACGCGCAGGCAUCCGCACCGGCGGGUCCGGGUCCGGCAGACUUUAAGAUGACGUUGAUACACCCGGCGUCCGAAACGGUAGGUCCUUGUGCGCCUUUGGGCUUGUAUGCAGCGCUCGCUGAACGCAUUGCUACCCCGUCAGCAUGUAGCCAAGUAUAGCGUCCAGAGCCGCUUCAUGAUCAACGGUGAGGCACGUACGCCCCUCCAUUUUUCUGCAUUCCCCCUCCGCUCACCGAGAUAUACCCGUUCGCCGUGUCAGAGACGCCCGAAUUGUACGAAAAGAUCGUCUUGCCAUUCAUACUCAGUCAGCCAUCGUCGAGAAUACAAUGGUGAGAAUGGGGUGCGACCCUUGGUGCUCCUUGCCAGCCUGACGACCCUACCUGGCCAAGGGUGUACAACAUCCUCGACAAGAAGAAAGAGGCAGAUUCCAUCAUCUACGAGGAUCCGGACCGCGAGACAGGCUUCGUGGUGGGUAACAAUAUUGGGCCACAUUUGCUACACCUUCCUACAGCCCUGCUGAAAAGCCCUCGCUACCUUGCGUCGCACUCAGCUCUUGCCGGAUCUCAAGUGGGACCGCAAAACGACAUCUUCCCUUUACUUGGUUGCGAUCGCGCACGACCGGUCCUUGCGCAGCCUUCGAGACCUCCGACCGGAAAAAGAGACUCCUGCACAUGCCCUCUUAUUGCGCAAGGUACAAUCGGCCGCAGCUAUAGCCGCAAGAGGCACAUACGGACUCGACAAGCAGGGCGCUUCGGGUAUCAGGUGCUUUCUGCACUACCAACCCACAUACUAGUGAGCCGACGAGCGCACGUGGGCCCGCUUUUUUCAUCAGCGGGAUCUGAUAUAGCGUUACCUUUUUUGCCCUAGCCACCUUCACAUUCACAUCCUCUCAGCUGACCACACAUCACACCCGGGAUCCAUAGUUGGGCAAGCGCACCUGCUCGACGACGUCAUUGAUCUUCUGACGCUCGGGGUAGAUUUCAGGAAACGCACCUUGACCUAUGCGCUGGGAGAGCGAAGCGAGCUGCUCGCUCUCAUAAAGACCUCUGGCGCUCUCUCGCCGUGA